AGAAAAUGAAGUUAAAAAAACGCAUACAUUCUGGAAUUCUUCGGAUUACAAAUUUCUUCUUUAGGUCUGGUUUCUAACAGCAAAAGAUUUGAAGGACACCCCAUCUCUUCGAUAACCAAAUCCUAAGAGGAGCAGACUCUCGAAUAACCCAUUAACCGCACAUACCCAAAUGUCUAUCCUCCUCUCAUCCACAUCUCCUCUGCAGCUCUACUCUCCUCAAAGAUUUUUGCAACAUUGAAUUAGUGUAUUGUAAAUUAAGCAAUUUUAAUAGAAUUUAUUGCUCUUCCAAAGAAGAGCAAAUUGUUAUGAGCUGCUUAUCACGUGUUUCUUUGUACACUGCGGCUGUAUUUGGAAGGGCGACCCAUAGCGUCUCGACGAGUGCUUCUCAUCAGUGUUCUACUCCCUUGUGGAAAAGAAGCUUUGAGCAAACUGGUAUUAAAAUAAUCAAUUCGGAACCUGUGUUGCCUAGAUUUCGUAUUCAGUGCUAUUCCUCUACAAAAGGUAGUGUAAGAGCUUCACGCAAGAAGGAAUCGAAUCUUGAGCCAGCAGUUAUGGAGCCAGAGAUAGAGAAAGACGCUUUCUUUGUUGUGCGGAAAGGCGACGUUGUUGGCGUUUAUAAGAGUUUCGCUGAUUGCCAGGCUCAAGUUGGAUCAUCGGUAUGGGAUCCUCCUGUCAGUGUAUACAAAGGGUAUGCUUUACCUAAGGACACUAAGCAGUAUCUUGUUUCUCGUGGGCUCCAGAAUGCUUUGUACACAAUCAGAGCUGAGGAUUUGAAAGAGGACCUUUUCGGGACGCUUUUACCUUGUCCUUUUCAGCAACCCACUUCUUCCAGAGGAGACUCAUGUGUGCUGGAUGCAACAACAAAGAAGAGAUCACAUCAAUUAGUGGAAUUGCAGACCGUGGAAGCAGAUGGAUCAACAUCUAGUUUAACUGAUCCCUUGAGAAAGCACGUCAAAUUGGAUAAUCAAAGUGAGGCUCAGCAGUCCUGUAUUCUCGAGUUUGAUGGUGCUUCAAGAGGCAAUCCUGGACCAGCUGGUGCAGGAGCUCUAUUGCGGACUACUGAUGGCAGUGUGAUCUGCAGAUUGCGAGAAGGGUUGGGUACAGUCACAUGUAAUGUGGCUGAAUAUAGAGCUGUGAUUUUAGGAUUGAAAUAUGCUCUUAAAAAAGGCUAUACGAAAAUCUGUGUGCAAGGUGACUCCAAACUCAUCUGUUCUCAGAUUCAGGGUUCAUGGAAGGUCAAACACAAAGACAUGGCCAAACUAUAUGAGCAGGUCAAAAAGCUUAAAGACAAGUUUAUUUCUUUUCAGAUCAGCCAUGUCCUAAGGGAAUUUAACUCUGAAGCUGAUGCUCAAGCCAACUUGGCCGUCGCUCUUGCUGAUGGCCAAGUUCAAGAGGAAUGUGCAGAGGGAUAGAGACUGAAUGGUGUGUUUUCAUUUGAACUCGUUCAUUUAGAGAUCAAACUGCAGAAGCAAGUGAAUUUACAACUUACAACAAUUGCAGAGCAAUAGCAAUUUUACAAUAAACAUUUUCAGUUUGAUCUCCGAAUGGAUUUGAUAUUUUGCCUUGAAUUUUGAAGCAGCACAGAAAUAGAUUUUUUCAAGCCCAUUAGCGUCACCGACAAUAGCCAAUGGUGUUGGCUCAUUUCCCAUUGCCGGUCCAAUUUUAAGAGAGAGAAUUGUGAGCUUUUGGGUGAUUUUGAGUUCAGGUUUUGACUGUUAUUUCCCAUUUGUAUUUUGUAAUUCUUCAUUUUAUUAGUGAAUUUUGCUCCCAUUUGCUCCUGGAAUAGGCUUAUGUCCAACCACGUAAAAAAAAUUUUCCUUAAUUUAUUUUAUCUAUUUUGUAGUUGCAUUCUGUUUAACCUGAAUAAAUAUUUGCUUCUGUUGCA